UGAUUAGCUCUGGUGAUCCUGAGGCAUUGUGUCUGUUUUUCCGGUCUGCAUGACGAAUACCCCAACCGGAAUCUGGAUGAUGACGCCUUAGCGGAGCUCUCAGGACUAGGGCUGAAAUGUGUAAUGAAUGGCCCGAGGGUUCCUAGAGUACUGGUGUCCGUUAUUUCAAUCGGCAUGACGAAGCCGCUAGUGCUGCACAAGGUGUCUUAGCCCCCGCUGGUAUAUAAUGCGCAGAAACUCGCUUGCAAUCUCCAAUUCAUCAGCCUGACUCCAAACGACUCUGGUUCUAGUUGAACAUGAUGAUUCCCAACAAGACUACCGUUCUUAUUGUCGGAGGUGGACCGGGUGGAUCGUAUGCCGCCGCUGUCUUGGCCAGAGAGAAUGUCGACGUAAUUGUCCUUGAAGCCGAUAAAUUUCCCCGAUACCAUGUCGGCGAGAGCCAACUUGCGGCUUUGAGGCAUUUUCUGCGCUUCAUCGAUCUUGAGGAAGAAUUCGAUGCUUUUGGUUUUCAGCGCAAGGUCGGUGGCGGGUUCAAACUGAACAGGCAUAAGAGGGAAGGAUAUUCCGACUUCAUAUCUCAAGAUCCGAAGAAUUAUUCCUGGCAUGUCAUUCGGUCAGAUUCCGAUGAGUUAAUGCUUCGAUACGCGUCGCGGGCUGGCGCCAAAGUUUUCGAGGAAACCAAAGUCACGGACAUUGAAUUCGACCCGGCCGUGGGUGACCAAGAGGCACGCCCUGUUGCUGCUCUCUGGAAAGGGAAGGAUGGUUCCACGGGUCGGGUUCAUUUCGACUAUAUUAUCGACGCCAGCGGACGAACAGGAAUGCUGUCAACGAAAUAUUUGAACAAUCGAGAGUUCAAUAAUAAUUUGAAGAAUGUCGCCUUUUGGGGUUACUGGACUGGAGCGGGGCGCUACAUGGCUGGUACUCCCCGAGAGGACUCCAUUUUUGUUGAAGCAUUAACAGACGAGACUGGAUGGGCUUGGUUUAUCCCCCUGCACGAUGGCACGACUUCUGUGGGCGUUGUGAUGGACCAAGAGAAAUCCAACCUCAGUAGAGCUGCUGUCAAAGCGGCGAGAGGGGAUAGCUCUUUGGGCGCUCACUAUCUCAGACAACUCGAGCUUGUCCCAGCUAUGCAAGCACUAAUGGUCGGCGCGAAGCUCGUCAAGAAACCUGACGCUCCUCUUGUCAGUAGCGCCAGUGAUUACAGCUACGCAGCUAGAUACCAUGCCGGUCCCGGUUAUCGAAUAAUUGGAGACGCUGGCGCUUUCAUUGACCCAUUUUUCUCUUCUGGUGUUCAUCUCGCAGUAUCCGGUGGACUUUCGGCUGCAGCCACUAUCUGUGCUGUGAUGAAGGGAGAAUGCUCGGAACUCGAUGCGGCUCGAUGGCACACUACCAAGGUUAAUAGCUCAUACACACGAUUCCUCCUUGUAGUCCUCAGCGCUUAUCAUCAAAUCAGAUCUCAGGAUUCCCCCAUCCUGGCUGCACAAGAGGAUGAUAAUUUUGACGUUGCAUUUGAUUUCUUCCGUCCAAUCAUUCAAGGCAACACGGAAUCCGGCAAUAAGUUUGCCGAUGACGACCUAGGAAAGACAAUAGAAUUCCUAGGCAAACAUGUUUUCGCGCCGUCAUACCCGGAACAGAGAGCAGAGUUAGUCGCACUAUAUGGAGACCAACUCGAUGCGGUUCCCAAAUCGCGCGUACCUGGCGAUGAUGACGCUAAGGCCGAGGCUAAGGCGAUCCUCAAACAUAUGACUGUCCAGAAGUUAAUCAGGAUGGAGGAUGUCGCGCAUAUCGGGAAUUAUGUUUCUGAUGUUUUUGAGGGGUAUAGGUUGAGGCUGAAGCGUGGUGAGCUGGGCUUAGACAAAGCCACUUGAAUGUUUUUGAUACUUGACGGUUACCGGUUACUUCAUUGUUACGAGCCUAACUUACUGCUUUACUUGUAAGCACUUGAAUAAUGAGAAUCCUAC